AUAGCUUACUGGGUGUGUGAAGCGCCUGGGAGAAAAUGCAGAGGCGCGUCAUGUCCUUUAUCCUGUGAGCAGCUGUCAUGUCAACAGACUCAGUAUUUCUGUGUCUCCAGAUAUAAUCCAGAGUUCAUUUUGGCCUAGCAGCUCUGAUUCAGUCUGAAGCAGGAGGAGAGCCUGGAGAUGGAGCUGCAGCAGGCUGUGAACGGAGCCGCGGAGGAAGAAGAGGAGGUGGCAUUAGAUGUUCAGGUCACUGAUUUACUGAACGCCCUGAUCGCCUGGAAGGUCCCGGAUGAUCUGUUCACCGUCAGCAGUCUGAAGGCCAGCUUUGAGUCCCUGUUCCGUUCAUUUGACCCAGAAGUUCAGUUCCAGUAUUUCCGGUCAUUUCGACGGGUCAGGAUCAGCUUCAGAGAUGCUCUGGCAGCAGCUGAGGCGAGGCUCAGGCUGCACAAGACAGAGUUCAAUGGGAAAGAGAUGAGACUGUACUUUCCUCAGUCUGUCCACAUUGGGAGUCCUCGUCUGGAGCCUCCAAAGCCGGAGAAGCAGUUCCUUAUCUCCCCUCCAGCCUCCCCUCCAGUCGGCUGGGAACAGUCUCAUGAUGCCACACCAGUCAUCAACUACGACCUGCUGUGUGCCAUCUCCACACUUGGACCAGGAGAGAAGUAUGAACUUCACACGGCCACACCCACUACCCCCAGCGUGGUCGUCCAUGUGUGUGAGGAUGAGCAUGCUGACGGUUCGGCGGCUCCCGACAGUGACCAGGAGGACAAGCCCUGUCCCCCCCGGCCAAAGAUCAUCCAGACUCGACGCCCCGACUACACCCCCAGGGUGGAGCAGUGAACAGUGACCACAACAGAGUGCAAAGUUUUAUCAUGAAGUCAUUGGUCAAGAGCUGACCAUGCUCUCACAAAGAUUCUUUGACGGUUAGGGGGAUUUAAGAGCGCCCUCUAGGGAGCGAAGGUAUCCUGGUGAGGGGCGUGUCUUCUAAGAUGGAGACAGAAAACUAGCUGCUGAUUGGACUGUUGUCCAAUGGGAACUACAUUAUGAGAGUUUCCUGUUAGAACCAAUUGAGCUUAGCCAUCAGAUGAUAUUUAGUGUUUGGGUUUGAGGGCUGAAGGAAAUGUUACCGUUGCAUCAUUGUAAAAACUUUGUCCUCAUCCAGCUUGCCUGAUUUUCCACUUUGGUGAAAUCCAGUGUUAAAUCAGGCCCAGCCUAAAUAAAUCAUCCAUUCACUUUA